GUCGUUUUCUCGGUCCGAACAGCUCUUGCUGCUGGAGGCUAUGAUUGUAAACACUGUGAGGAUGUGAGGAGCCCUACAACCAGUGACGUCACGCGUACAUCUUUCUGUAAAGGCAAAGCUUUUUUAUUAGCAACCAAAAGUUGCAAACUUUAUUUUCGAUGUUCUCUACUAAAUCCUUUCAGCAAAAAUAUGGCAAUAUCGCGAAAUGAUCAAGUAUGACACAUAGAAUGGACCUGCUAUCCCCGUUUAAAUAAAAUCUCAUUUCAGUAGGCCUUUAAGGUUGUAAGUUGAGGUACUAUCAUAUAUACAGUGUGAAAUAUAUUGCAUGAUAUGUGAGAGUUGGCGUCGGCGGCACUGUUGCUCGCUGCUAACGACCACAUGUCCGUGCCAGUGCCUGCGAUGAGCUAACCUGUGGGAAGAUGGCGUUCUUCAAGAGCUUUCAGCAGAACCUCCCGUCCGUCAACAUCUCCUCCAUCUUGGACUCGGUGAGCAGCCGAGUGGACGACCUGGCCAACGCUGUCAGCGACGUCACGUACGCUGUCAGCGACCAGCUAACCGAGCAGGUCAACACCAUCAUCAACAAGGUGCAGGAGGAAGAAGAUGGCGAGCAGGAGGCGGCACCGACGUCCGGAGCGCUGGAGGGUAAAAGCGUGUGGCCUUUGAGCAGGGAGUCAGAAACAAGUUCCAGUGUCAAAAACAACCAAAGCGCCAAUGCGGCGGAGGCGGAGAACAUGGCCAGUCAACUGGAGUGGGAAUGGAGGGAUGGGUGCUGGCGGGUGAAGAAGACGGAAGCAGAGUUAGUGGAGGAGGAGAAGAAGAAGAAGGAGGAGAAGGAGCUGCAAGAGAAGCGAGAGCAGAGGAGGAAAGAGAGGAGAGAGAAGCGUUUGCAGGCAGGCGCCAUGAUUCAGAAGAACAAUUUCCAGGAUGAAGAAGCCGCAGAAAACAGCGGGUUGGAAGAAGAGGAAAAGGAGGAGAGUCGCGGCGAAGAAACAACUCGUGACGACUGUGAGGAACCUGAAAAUGAAACAUCGCAGCUCGGGAACGACAGAAUGUCCCAACAGAAGGAGGAGAAGUACGAACAGGAGGAGAAGGAGGAAGAGAAGUGCAGCCUGGAGGGUGAAGGUGAUGACGAGGAGGUGGACGAAGCCUCUGGAGCUCAAGUGAAGAAAAAGAAGAAGGAGGAAAAGAAGAAGAAGGAGAAAAGAAAGAAGAGCAAGAAGAAAGAGAAAAGCAAACAAGAGGUGCUACUAACAGACAGUGAGGAGGACCAAGACGCUGCAGUCCAGUCCAACACGAGCCCCGUAGUGCUGCAGGAAGGACACAACAGCAAGGCAUCAAGCCACAACGACGGCAGCAUCCAGAGGGUAAAGAAAGCCCCACCGCUCAUGGAAGGACAACCGCCGCCGUACCAGGACCGGGACCGGGGAAGGGUGGCACGCGUGUCCUCCUAUCGCUCGGCACGAGAGGCAAGGAGGGGGUCGUCGCCUCAGCGUUGCUCCAGCGAGGCCAUGAGUGUGGACCAGGACACAGAGAGUUACCUGAACAAAGGCUGCGAGGAGGACAUACCCAGUGACAGCACUGCUGUGGUGGGCACAGAGGAAAGUUGCGGCCCUCAGCUCCCCUCAGCCUACGAGCCGGAGCCACUAGCCAAGUACGGCACGCUGGACGUCGCCUUCGAGUACGACUCCACCGAGCAGUGGUUGGCCGUGACGGUCACCGCGGCGACGGACAUUCCCGCUCUCAAGCAGACGGGCAACAUUUCGUGGCAGGUCCACCUGGUCCUGCUGCCCACUAAGAAGCAGCGGGCCAAGACGGGCGUCCAAAAGGGACCGUGUCCCGUCUUCACGGAGACCUUCAAGUUCUCCAGAGUGGAACAAGAGGCCUUGGGCGACUGUGCCGUACGAUUCCGCCUGUACAGCAUCAGGCGCAUGAAGAAGGAGAAGAUCCUGGGCGAGAAGGUCUUCCACCUGACUAAACUCAACCUGCAGGGGAAGAUGGCUCUUCCAGUCACCCUGGAGCCUGGCUCCGAACUUACAGGCUGUGGCUCGGUGGUGAGCGUGUCCCGCAGUGCAGGAGCCGUGUCCUACAGGUCUACAGAGGACUCGUCCUCGCCGGAGAUCCUCCUGGGCCUCAUUUACAACUCUGCCACAGGGAGUUUAUCUGCCGAGGUCAUCCAGGGAAGCCACUUUAAAACCACCUCGUCUGAUAAACCCGUCAAUGGUCUUUUUUGUUGUGUAAAACAUUUCGUUGGGGGACAACUGUAUAUCAUGAGAGACACUUACGUCACGCUGAGCAUGCUGGACUCCAAGGGGAAGGAGAUGUCCAAGUGCAAGACGGCGGUGUGCAGAGGCCAGCCCUGCCCCACCUACAAGGAGACCUUCGUCUUCCAGGUGGCGCUCUUCCAGCUCUCCGAGGUGUCGCUGGUCUUGUCGGUGUUCUGCCGCCGCAGCAGCAUGAGGCCCAGGGAGCGUGUGGGCUGGGUUUCCUUGGGACUCAACAGCACCGGCGAGGAGCAGCUGGCCCACUGGACGGAGAUGAAGGAGGCUGAGGGGCAACAGGUGUGUCACUGGCACACGCUUACCGACACAUAGCAUUCCAGACUUGGAUGUGAUGUGCACUCACUGACCUUGGAGGCGGAAGCGUCCUUCACCUGAAGGCAACAAUUUUUUUAAGAACCAGAAAGUGAACAUGAAGGUUAAAAUAGCAGGGUGAACAAAACAACACCACAUAGUGAUGGCAGCAUCAUGCCAGAUGGGACAGGAAUGAUUCAGUCAAGGUAGAACAGUUCUAAACAGUCAGUGCCGGUCCAAAAACCCUCAGAGAUCUCCUGAAAUUGAACAUGACAGAACAUACAAUUCUGGAAUGAACCAGCCAGAGCCAAGACCUAAAUACUUUUGAAAAUACAAUUGAGAGAGAGAGCCCUAAUGUCAAAUGUACCAAGCUGUUGAAAAGUACUUCAACCAAGCAUCAUAUUGGCUUUAAAGGCCUACUGAAAUGAGAUGUUCUUAUUUAAACGGGGAUAGCAGGUCCAUUCUAUGUGUCAUACUUGAUCAUUUCGCGAUAUUGCCAUAUUUCUGCUGAAAGGAUUUAGUAGAGAACAUCGACGAUAAAGUUCGAAACUUUUGGUCGCUAAUAAAAAAGCCUUGCCUGUACCGGAAGUAGCAGACGAUGUGUGCGUGACGUCACCUAUGUGAGGGCUCCUCACGUUGUUUAUAAUGUGAGCCACCAGCAGUAAGAGCAAUUCGGACCGAGAAAGCGACGAUUUCCCCCUUAAUUUGAGCAAGGAUGAAAGAUUUGUGGAUGAGGAAAGUUAGAGUGAAGCACUAAAAAAAAAAAAAAGAAAAAAAAAAGAAAAGGAGACGCCUCCAGGCGGCGGCAGUUUCAUAUGUAAUUAGACACAUUUACUAGGAUAAUUCUGGAAAAUCCCUUAUCUGCUUAUUGUGUUAAUAGUAUUUUAGUGAGAUUAUAAAGUCAUACCUGAAAGUCGGAUGGCUGCGGUGAACGCCAGUGUCUCUGAGAGAAGCCGAAGAGCCAAGAUUACAGCUGCCUUUUUGAGCUGCAGGAUGAGGUCACGUAAUCCACUGAAGUCUCCGGUAAGAGCCGACUUAAUAUCACAAUUUUCCCAUCCCAAAACUUGCUGGUUGACGUAGAGAAACAUGUUCGCUUGACCGCUGUGUGUUAAAGCUUCACAACAAAGAAACACCGGCUGUGUUUCGGUGCUAAAGGCAGCUGCAAUCCACCGCUUUCCACCAACAGCAUUACUAUUUGACGUCUCCAUUAUUAAUUGAACAAAUUGCAAAAGAUUCAGCAACACAGAUGUCUAAAAUACUGUGUAAUUGCGUGAUGAAAAGAGACUACUUUUAGCCGUAAGUGGUGCUGGGCUAAAAUGUCCCCUCCAACCAAUAACAUCACAAACAUCAUUCCGCGACGUUUUCAACAGGAAACUCCGGGGGAAAUGUAAAAUAGUAAUAUAGUAAACUAAACCGGCCGUAUUGGCAUGUGUUGCAAUGUUAAUAUUUCAUCAUUGAUAUAUAAACUAUCAGACUGUGUGGUCGGUAAAAGUGGGUUUCAGUAGGCCUUUAAAAAUAACAUUUCUUAACCAAAAAUAUAAAAACACCCCAAAAGGCUACCUAAUGUAACAGUUGUUUAAGAGAACACAUUUCCCUACUUAUAUAUCUCAUAUACAUUUGAAAUCAAACAUCCUAAAGGUACCUUUUUGAACAAUACUUAGGUAUUGAAAUAUUUGCUAGCUGACUUUGGGCGCUAAUUGCUAGCUGACAGUUGGCGCGCCAAAGGCUAGCGGACAAUUUGUGUGCUAAUCCCUAGCAGAAAAAUAGCAUGAUAAUCGCUGACAACUAGUUUGUAAUUUCGUAACUGGCAGCAUUCACUGCCAAACGCUAGCUAGCAACUUGCACGGGUAGCCACUAUCUAACAAUUAGCGCACCAAACGCAAGCUGACAAGUGGUGCGCCAAUUACUAGCUGAUAACUGGUGUGCUAAUCGCAAGCUGACAACUGGUGCUCUAAUUGCUAGUUGGCAGCUUCGCUGCUAAUCUUCAGAUAACUGAUGCAAUAAUCAUUAACUGGCAACUGAUGCGCCAAUUGCUAUUGGACAACUGGUGCGCUAAUCGCUAACAGGCAAAUAGAGCAAUGAUAGCUAAAAACUAGAGUGCAAAUUGCUCGCUGGCAGCUUUCAUCGCUACACACCACACUAGCUGGCAAUUAGUGCACCAAUCGCUGACAACUGGUGUGCUACUCGCUAGCUGAUAACUAGAGUGCAAAUUGCUAGCUAGCACCUUUCAUUGCUAAACACUAGCUGGCAACUAGCGCACUAAUUGCUAACUGACAACUAGUGUGCCAAUCACUAGCUGACAACUGGAGUGCACAGCGCUAAUCUCAAGAAGAUAAAUGGUGCGCUAAUCGCUAGCUUGCAACUGAUGCACCAAUUGCUACCUGAUAACUACUAUGCUAUUAUACUCAGUGGCCAAGUGGUUAGAGUGUCCGCCCUGAGAUCGGUAGGUUGUGAGUUAAAACCCCAGUGAGUCAUACCAAAGACUAUAAAAAUGGGACCCAUUACCUCCCUGCUUGGCACUCAGCAUCAAGAGUUGGAAUUGGGGGUUAAAUCACCCGAAUGAUUCCCGGGCGCGGCCACCGCUGCUGCUCACUGCUCCCCUCACCUCCCAGGUGGUGAACAAGGGGAUGGGUCAAAUGCAGAGGACAAUUACACAACAUCUAGUGUGUGUGACAAACAUUGGUCAAUAGUUUAUAACUAGAGCACACCAGUGCUAGGUGGUACCGUUCAUCGCUAAACGCUAGCUGACAAUUAGCGCACCAAUCUCUAGCUAAAAAUUAGAGAGCAAAUUGCUAGCUGGCAAACUAAAGCACAAAUUGCUAACUAUUUUAAAUGUUAACAUGAGUAGAAUAAUUUAAUUCUAUAGUCAUUUUUUUAUUUUUUAACUGCAAGGUGCAUUAAGUGGGGUGUCGAUGUCACUGCCAUUUGUAAACUACACUACAGUGUGUUGGAUCCAUUUGAAGUGUAUUUAAGGAUGUUUACAUUUUGCAAGAAUCUAAAAAAUAUAUAUUUUUAGUCUAAUUGACCAAAAAUUUCCACUGACCCCCUAUUGAAGAUAUGUGUUGUAAUAUAACUGCAUUGUAUACAGGACUGUCUCAGAAAAUUUGAAUAUUGUGAUAAAGUCCUGUAAUGAAACUAAAAACAUGAAAAUGUCAUACAUUCUGGAUUCAUUACACAUCAACUGUAAUAUCGCAAGCCUUUUAUUAUUUUAAUAUUGCUGAUUAUGUCAUACAGCUUAAGAAAACUAAAACAAUUUGAAUAUUUCUUCAGACCAAGUAAAAAAAAAAAAUUAU